AUGUCCGUGAACAAACUCAGUGGUUCAAUCCCUGCUUCUGUGGGUAACUUGAUCAAUUUGACUGUUCUAUCUGUUUUUCAAAAUGAAAUAACUGGUUCACUACCCAUAGGAAUGAACAAUCUGACACAGUUAAAAGGAUUGUAUCUGAGUGAGAAUAAGCUUUUUGGUUAUUUAACUCAAAACGUGUGCCAAAAUGGGAUACUUGAAGAAUUUAUAACAUAUAACAACCAUUUCACGGGUAAUAUACCAACAAGCCUUAGAAAUUGCACCAGCCUUCGAAAGCUCUGGCUUAUGAAUAAUGAAUUGGUUGAUAACGUAACAGAGGCGUUUCAUGUGUAUCCACAUCUAUACAAGGUUGGUUUGGAUUCUAAUAUGUUAUAUGGUGAACUCUCAAAAGACUGGGGGAGUUGUCAUAAUUUGACACUUUUUACUUUCUCAGAUAACAAUAUCACCGGUAGAAUACCACCAGUAAUGGGCAAGUUGAAGAGUUUAGUUAAAGUUCGUCUUGAUUCAAAUAAUUUAGUUGGGGAAAUUCCAACUGAGUUGUUAAAAUUGUCGUCAUUAAUCGAGUUAGAUUUGAGUAAUAACCAUCUUUCUGGCGAGUUGUCUUCGAUUUUGUUAAAUCUUAGUUACAAUAACUUGAGUGGAGAAAUCCCUUCAAACCUUGGAAAAGUAAUCAAAUUGGAAACACUAGAUUUAUCUCAUAACAAGCUUUUCGGCACAAUUCCAUCUUCAUUUGAUCAAAUGCUUAACUUGACCUCUGUCAAUAUUUCUGACAACGAACUGAAUGGUUCUCUUCCGAAUAUCAAGGCCUUUAAGGAUGCUCCAAUUGAUGCAUUGAAGAACAACAAAGGAGCUGUGACAGGUCAAAUUGUUGCCGUGAAGAAACUUCAUUCGUCAGAUGAAGAUUCUGAGUUACUUGAUCUCAAGUCAUUUGAAACGGAAGUUCACGCAUUGACAGAAAUACGACACCGAAACAUUGUGAAACAUUUUGGUUUCUGUUCUAAUAUAGAAAGGAGGAUCUCAUUUUUGGUUUAUGAGUUUGUGGAAAGGGGAAGUUUGAAAAAUGUUUUAUGUGAUGGGGAACAAGCAGUGGGGUUCGAUUGGAUAAAGAGGGUGAGAUUCAUCAAAGGAACUGCUACUGCAAUUGCUUACACGCACCAUGAUUGCAUUCCAGCAAUAGUUCACAGGGACAUAUCCAGAAACAAUAUCUUACUGGACUCUGAAUAUGAAGCUCGAGUUUCUGAUUUUGGCACGGCAAGGAUAUUGAAGCCGGAUUCAUCAAAUUGGACUUCACUUGCAUGA